GUGCCAGUGCUUUCACUCACUAGAUCACUGCAGACAUUUGAACGCACCAACCACACACCGCAAGACUUUACCGGCAUGUCAUAGAACCUCCCCUCACACACAUCUGGGUCUAAAAACCAGCUUGUUUCCGCAGGGGGACCCAUUCUUGAUGUGUGUGUGUGUGUGUGUGUGUGUGUGUGUGUUAGUAAUGAGGACCACUGCCACUCUGCUCUCUGUCUGGUUUUUGGUUAACACUGGUUUCAACGCUGUUCAAACAGGUUCAAAAUGUGGGAUUCCUCAGGUGUGGAGCCCGAUGGUUUACUCUAUGAGGAUUGUUGGUGGGGCCGAGGCCACAUAUGGAUCACAUCCAUGGCUAGUUUCCUUGCAAAACAGGGACUCUCAUUUCUGUGGAGGGGCAAUCCUGAAUGAUCGAUGGAUAAUGACCGCUGCACACUGCUUUGCAUCCCUCUCAAAAGAGUUUCUCAGUGGUCUGAGAGUGGUAGUUGGAGAGUUUGACCAGAGAAUAGAAGAUGAAGAGGAGCAGGUCUUUCUCAUCAAGUCUGUCUCUGUCCAUGAAAAGUACCAUCAUGCGUGGCCAAUGAGCUAUGACAUAGCUCUGAUAGAGUUGGAACAGCACAUUCGCCUAGGAGCCCGAGUCCAGCCAAUAUGUCUGCCUCUGCCUGAUGACAGCAUUCAACCUGAAUCCAGAUGCAGUGUGGCUGGAUGGGGCCGGAUGAAGGAAAAGGGUCCUCUUCCUGCGGUGCUGAGAGAGGUCCAGUUAGACUUGGUGGACCCAGCCAAAUGUAAAUACGUCCUCCAGACCGUCAAAAGUUCAAUUCUUAACCAGAGACAAGCUAGACCUCAUCCAGCCAUGACUGUCCUGUGUGCCGGGCCAGAGAAAGGAGGGAAAGAUGCAUGCCAGGGGGACUCAGGGGGUCCGCUGGUAUGUCCAGCGGGUUCAGGUGGCGGUCAUUGGGUAGCACUGGGUGUAACUUCCUGGGGGAAGGGAUGUGGUCGGAGCUGGGGAAACAACAGCAGCCGCGCCCCUUUCAGGAGAGGGUCUCCUGGGGUUUUUACUGAUGUCAGACUGUUGCUGCCAUGGAUAAAGCGUAAACUGAGAGAGGCUGAUGAUCAGCAGCAACGAACAACUUUAUCGAAACUCUGCAGUGUGAGGGAUGGGCCUGUAACUGCCAGUAAGGGGGUAUUCAGAAACCCCGCUCUCCCUGGGGAUCACUAUGACAACAACCAGUUGUGUCUUUGGAGCAUCAGUGUUCCUCCAAGUUAUGGCAUUCUGUUGGAGUUUGAUUAUUUUGAUCUGGAAAAUGACUUUCAAUGUCGCUAUGAUCGACUCACUGUCUCAGUAGGGACCCAUAAGCCUGUUGGGAUCUUCUGUGGAAGUGUCCUUCCUGGCCCAGUGCUCCUGAACAAUUCCCAGCAUGCAACACUUCUCUUCUCCUCUGACAUCAAUAGAGCGGGAAGUGGCUUUGUCAUUAGGCAUCAUGCUGUUCAGGGACACUCUAAUCCUGGAUGCGGGACAGUUGUUCUAGUUGAGGAUCAGACUGCCGUACAUAGUCCAAAUUAUCCACAACUCUACAAUAAUGACUGUGUCCUCCGAUGGGUUGUCUAUGCUCCACAGGGGCAUGUUGUUAAGCUAGACUUUGCUGAUUUUCACCUGGAAGAGUCAGAUGGAUGCUUGUAUGAUUCCCUCACUAUCCUGGGAGAUGUGGAAGGAACAGAGGAGAUUGUGGUGCUGUGUGGUGGCAGUAUACCUCCUUCUGUCCUGUCCUACCACAGCGUCAUGGUUCUUCAGUUCUCGUCCGACAGCAACAUCACACAUAGAGGCUUCAGGGCUACACUAACAUUCAUCAGCCGUACAGAACUUCAUGAUCAGGACACAGGUGUGGAAAGUCAAAGAGAGGGUCUGAGAGGUCACCGAGAGGCAGAUAACCAGAGACACGUUACAUCAUAUGUUAACUUGGAUGCAGAAGACCCAGUUUUGCAGCGGUCCAGCAGCAAAGCCCUGUCCUACCAGGUUGAUGUGGACCAGAAGAUCUUAAAGGAUCCCAGACUGCAUAUGGACAAUGGCUCAAAUGAUGAAGACUACAGCGGAGAGAACUAAAGGAGUGGGAAGUAACCAACCAGAAGAAUGCCUCUAGACAAAGAUUCAACAAUAGCAUUAUGUUAUUAAGAUUGUUUUAGUUAGUUUAGUUUGUUUUCUGUAAAGGCUUAGCAGGGUUUGGUGCCCAAAUGAGGAGAGCCUUAGAUUUGGCCCUUAAAUGACAAUGGAAUUAGUCCAUUGUCAUGUGAGCUUAGUCACUUUUCUAAUGUCAGGGAAAUUGACAUUCAUUCCACUACCAACUGAAAAUGGCAGAAGCUGGACAUUUCAACCAUUUAUUUGUCAGGUUCUACUUAUUUACAUUUCUAUGCUCAUUUGCUAACUAGUUUUUAUUUGCAGCGCAUUAAGGUGUUAUAACUGACUCAGGUUAGUUGGAUGUGUGUAAUAUGCAGUCACCUUUUUGUAGCAGGUAGUUUAUUCAUUAUUGUGACAAUAAAUACAAGGAAAAUCUGCCUAAUA